AUGUCCGCUCAAACAAUGUCAGAUCGCGAGCGCUCAGCUUCGCCGGCUAGGGAAGAGCUCAGGCCGAAAAAGCAAAAGAUGAGUGGCUUCAAAUGGAAAGAUAAGUCGUCGCGCAACGAGGACGGCGCACAGGAUCCUCGUGCUUUUGGAAGGCUGGAACGAGGAUACCGGAAUCGCUCGCCUAGAGGGGACAGCUAUAGAGAUAGAGCGAACGAUAGGGAGAGGGAAGAUGGUGGACGGAGAAGAAGUGAGCGUGAUGCUGGAAGGGAUGAGGAGGAGCGGAGACCGAGGGAGGGUUCGCCGAUGAGAGGUGGGAGGGGAGGAGAUAGCUGGAGACCUGACCGCUCGACGGACGAGAGGCGCCAUGACAUAAAGAGCGAGGACCGUGCCGAUAAGACCGACCAUACUGCCACCGCGAAGAACGAUACAGCCACCGCACCGCCCAAAAAGCCCAAAGAGAAGAAACCUAAGGUCCCCACACCCGCUGCACCCAUGGGCCCAAUGAUAAUAGUCAACAUCAACGACCGCCUCGGCACCAAAGCCUCAAUUCCCUGUCUCGCCUCCGAUAGUAUCAAAGCGUUCAAGGCAAUCGUGGCGGCGCAUAUUGGUCGGCAGCCGCAUGAGAUUAUGUUGAAGAGGCAGGGCGAGAGGCCGUUUAAGGAUGUGUUGACGUUGGAGGAUUAUGGGGUUUCAAAUGGGGUGCAGUUGGAUUUGGAGAUCGAUACUGGGGAUUGA